ACACGUGGCCAACGUUUUGACGACAGUUUCAGCAUUUGGAAUUCAAUGAGUUACCUCAGAGAUGUUAUUGUGCUUUAGUAUUUAGCACAACAUGCCGCCCUGCUCAAAUUCGUGCAAUUUUUUUCGUGCGUGACAAAGCACUUAAUUAUGUCGAAGCGACAACCACGGCGUCCGAAUGCGAGCCUCGAAACGGCCAAAACAUUAGCGAAAGACUUAUAUAACUUCACCGAUGUUCUAGAGAUGCGCGAAUUCAAAAGCUUCUUCGAUAGGAACUUCUAUAUCAGGGGGCAAGUCAGGACUGAAAAUAAUGGUAAUCCGAACAAACCUCAAGAAUUCGUACUGAAGAUCCACAACUCACUAGACAGCGAAAACGAGGAGGUUAGGGACGCGGAGAAUCAGUUGAUGAGAAUGCUUAGAGAUCGAGGUUUUCCCUGCCCUGAAAUCAUCCCGACCAGGAAUGGUCAGUUGAUGGAGAAGAUUCAUCUACCUGCUAGUGAUGGACAAAAUGCCGAUGGCUGUGUCGUCCGCCUGUUGAGUUUCGUGUAUGGUCAAGAGUUGGACAGUUUGAACAAGAGUGACGUGACGCCGGAACUGAUGUACACACUCGGAAAGUUUAUUGGUGAUGCUAGCAAAGCUAUGAAGGACUUCUCCAGCUCUGCUUUACGAAGGCGCCAGCACACAUGGGACAUCAAGAAUUUUCUCCACAUCCAAGAGCAGCUGGCAUCUAUCAAGGAUGACUCUAUCUGUAGCCUUGUAACAGAGGUCCAUUCCAGCUUCCUUCAUUUCGUCGCACCGCGACUUUCCUCUUUUAGACAAGGAACAAUCAACGGAGACAUCAAUGGUGAGAACAUACUCGUCACCAAACGCGGCACGCCGGGUAAUCCCACGUAUGAGAUUACUGGCUUUCUUGACUUUAGUGACAUUGAGGAGUCGCUGCUUGUUCUUGAGGUUAUGGCACCAAUGAUUUUCUUCAUGAGCCUUGGGUACGAGACCAGUGGUUAUAUUCUUGCUGGUUACCAGUCCUCUCUGCCUCUUCCUGGUGACGAGUUUGAUUGCCUGUAUUAUUUGGCUGCAGCGAGACUCUGUCAGCUUGUGGUGUACUCCGCGUGCAAUUUAGAAAAUGACAAUGCCCAGUACAUGCAGGUAACAGUGGAUAAGUAUCUCGGAAUUCUCAGGAAGUUUUGGUCUUGCUCGAAAGAAGACAUAGAAAAAAUAUGGCGCGAUUGUCAACAAUAAAGACUAGGGAUGAUGGUUAUAAAGUAUCGCCUCAUAUACUCCCGCUAGUGUGUCAGAAAGUCAAUAUCAGUUUUAACUACCUCGCCUAUAUACUCCGAGAGUGUGACGUUUGAUUGGAAGUCCAAAUGCCCACGUAUCGAGUAUUUUGACCGAAUGCGAGCUUCCUGGGCAUAUUUAUAGACAAAUAUGGUUUUCAAGAAAA